GAACGGGAAAGUUCGAGCAAGAAGCUGGUGAAAAGAAGCAGCUUCGUGGCUGACCUGACGCCACCUGGCUGCCCACCGUUCUGGUCCGUUUGACAGCUCCAGUCAUUCAGGCUGACACUGGUCUCAUAUGUGACUCGAGACGUGAUCAUACGAAGAGAAACGGGUCGGAAACUUUCGACAAAGGACGGUGAACAGCUGGCCAGCUAACGUUACCUGACAUUAGAGAGCGAUAACAAACUAAGCUAAGCUAACGCCUUGUUCUUUCAGCGCGGACAAAUCCGUCGGUUCGCCUCUUAUUAACCAUCUUCGGUUCGGGUUUACUCUGUGCCGACGCUCCCGUUCAUUUUCCAUGUAACGUUAGUAAUGUCAGAUGGAAGUAGCUUGCAGUGGACAGGUGUAUUUGAGUCCUGCCUUAUUCGGGAGAUCCCUUAACUACUUUUAGUGCCUGCCGAUGGAGCUGGCACACAGUCUGCUGCUCAACGAAGAUGCCUUGGCCCAGAUCACAGAAGCCAAGAGGCCAGUCUUCAUAUUUGAGUGGCUGCGGUUCCUCAAUAAGGUUCUUGUAGCUGCCAACAAGGUUGAUGUGAAGGAGAAGCAGAAGAAGCUGGUGGAGCAGCUCACUGGGUUGAUCAGCAGCAACCCUGGUCCUCCGACGCGGAAGCUCCUGGCUAAGAAUCUUGCUACUCUCUACAGCAUCGGCGACACCUUCACUGUCUUCCAGACUCUGGACAAGUGCAAUGACAUCAUCAAGAACAAGGAUGACACUCCGGCAUAUCUGCCCACCAAGCUCGCUGCAGUGGCUUGUGUUGGUGCCUUCUACGAGCGAAUGGGCCGCAUGUUGGGCAGCUCUUUCCCUGAAACCAUCAACAACCUUCUAAAAGCCCUGAAGAAUGCAGAGUCUCAGGGUCGUGGUGAGAUCCUCCUUAGCCUCCAGAAGGUUCUGAGCGGCCUGGGCGGUGCUGCUGCGUCCUGCCACAGAGACAUCUAUAAAAAUGCCCGUUCUUUACUCACUGACCGGUCAAUGGCUGUACGCUGUGCUGUGGCUAAGUGUUUACUCGAGCUGCAGAACGAGGCUGUGUUCAUGUGGACCACUGAACUGGAGAACGUGGCCACACUGUGUUUCAAAGCUCUGGAAGGCUCCACAUACGGUGUCCGCGUGGCUGUGUCCAAUCUGCUGGGGACGGUAAUGGCUACUGCACUCAUGCCCAAACAAGCUGCAGUAAUGCGUCAGAAUGUGAAGAGAGCCACACUGGAGGAAGUACUGGAGCUGAUGGCCACGGGCUUCCUGCGGGGUGGCUCAGGCUUCCUGAAGAGUGGCGGAGAGAUGCUGAAAGGAGGAGGCUCGGUCAGCAGAGAGGUUCGAGUGGGGGUCACUCAGGCAUAUGUGGUGUUUGUGACCACUCUAGGCGGACAGUGGCUGGAGCGGAACUUCGCCACCUUCCUCUCUCACGUGCUGGAGCUGGUGGCUCACCCACGGGCCACGCAGACACACGUAGAGGCAGUGUAUUCGCGCCGCUGCGUCUCUUUUGCCCUGCGUGCCACGCUGGGCGGCCUUCUGGGGGAAAAAGCCCAAAUUGCUGCCGCCAAGGAGAUCUGCCAGGCCAUCAGCAAGCAGAUGAGGGCAGUGGGUAAGGAGGAAAAUAGGGGGGAAAUAUCCGGUUUCAGAGCAUUGCAGAAGGCGGUAGUGAGUGACAGCAGCGGGGAGAAUAAAGGCGGGGCAGCGGACGUUUCGGCUAGUCAGCAUGUGAUGGUGUGUGCUCUGAAAGAGCUGGGCAGUCUGGUCCAGAGCCUCAGCGCCACGGCCUCUCCUCUCAUACAGGAGCCUUCUAUCGGUCUGCUCGAGACUGUGACAUCAGUCUUGCUCCACCCCAGCAUGGCGGCCCGUCUGGCGGCAGCCUGGUGCCUGCGCUGUGUCGCUGUGGCGUUGCCCUAUCAGCUGACCCCUCUACUGGACCGGUGUGCUGAACGCAUCAACACUCUGAAGAGCUCGCCUGAGGCUGUCAGCGGCUACAGCUUUGCCAUGGCCGCUCUGCUGGGCGGAGUGCACCAGUGCCCGCUGGGUAUCCCUCAUUCCAAGGGCAAGAUGGUAGUGAGUAUAGCGGAGGAUCUGCUGCGUUCUGCAGCUCAGAACAGUCGCCUGUCUCUGCACCGCACGCAGGCUGGCUGGCUGCUCCUGGGAGCCCUCAUGACUUUAGGCUCGUCUCUGGUGCGCUACCAUCUGCCGAAGAUGCUGCUAUUGUGGAGAAACGUGUUUCCCCGCUCACAGAAAGAGCUGGAGGCAGAGAAAGCCAGAGGAGACUCCUUCACCUGGCAGGUUACCCUGGAAGGCCGAGCUGGGGCGCUGUGUGCCAUGCGGAGCUUCGUGGCUCAUUGUCCGGAGCUGCUCACCGAGGAUGUGAUCCGCAGACUGAUGACUCCUAUUGAAUGUGCCAUGACCAUGAUGUCUCAUAUUCCUGCAGUUAUAAAGGUACAUGGGGCUCACCUGAAGGCCAGUGCUGCCAUGGUGCGUCUGAGACUUUACGACAUACUGGCCCUCCUUCCUCCCAAGACAUAUGAAGGCAGUUUCAGUGCUCUGCUGAGGGAGCUGGUGGCUGAGUUCACUCUGACGGAUAAUUCAGCCAACACAACCACCUCCUUGCUUCGUUCUCUCUGUCACUAUGACGACAGUGUCCUCAUGGGGUCUUGGCUGCAGGAAACUGACCACAAGUCUAUUGAAGACCAGCUGCAGCCUAAUAGUGCGUCAGGCAGCGGCGCUCUGGAGCACGACCCGUCCUCGAUAUACCUGCGGGUUCCUGUGGGAGAAGCCAUUCCUGGACCAUUGCCUCUGGGUGUGUCUGUCAUCGAUGCCUCUGUGGCACUUUUUGGCGUGGUCUUCCCCCAUGUCUCUUUUAAACACAGGCUCCAAAUGCUGGAUCACUUUGCUGAGUGCAUCAAACAGGCUAAAGGAGUCCGACAGCAGGCUGUUCAGCUUAAUAUCUUUACCGCUGUCCUGAGUGCUUUGAAGGGUCUAGCUGAGAAUAAGAGCACGCUGGGCCCAGAGGAGGUGCGGAAGUCAGCUCUCGCUCUGGUGAUGGGCGCUCUGGAUAACCCGAACCCCAUCCUGCGCUGCGCUGCUGGAGAAGCUCUGGGCCGCAUGGCUCAGGUUGUGGGAGAAGCCACCUUCAUAGCCAGCAUGGCCCAGCACAGCUUUGACAAGCUGAAGUCAGCACGGGAUGUGGUGUCCAGAACGGGCCACUCUCUGGCUCUGGGCUGUCUGCACCGGUACGUGGGUGGCAUCGGUUCAGGUCAGCACCUCAAGACCAGUGUGAGCAUUCUGCUGGCCCUUGCUCAGGACGGCACCUCCCAUGAGGUUCAGACAUGGGCUCUGCACUCUCUGGCUCUAAUAGUGGACUCCAGUGGUCCGAUGUACCGGGGUUAUGUAGAGCCCACUCUGUCCCUAGUGCUGACCCUCCUCCUGACCGUACCCCCAUCCCACACAGAGGUCCACCAGUGUCUGGGCCGAUGCCUGGGGGCCCUCAUCACCACCGUGGGACCAGAGCUGCAGGGCAACAGUGCCACAAUCUCCACCAUCCGAUCUUCGUGCCUGGUAGGCUGUGCCAUCAUGCAGGACCACUCGGACUCUCUGGUACAGGCAGCGGCCAUCUCCUGCCUGCAGCAGCUGCACAUGUUCGCCCCGCGCCACGUCAACUUGUCCAGCCUGGUGCCCUGUCUCUGUGUGCACCUGUGCAGUUCUCAUCUCCUUUUGCGGCGGGCUGCAGUGGCUUGUUUGCGGCAGCUGGCUCAGAGAGAGGCUGCAGAGGUGUGUGCAUAUGCCAUGAGCCUUGCCAAGAAAGCUGGAGACAGCAAGGAAAGCACCACCAUCAACCUGAACAUCACCGAGACGGGUUUGGAGGGCGUGCUCUUUGGCAUGCUGGAUCGGGAAACGGACAGGAAACUGUGUUCAGACAUCCAUGACACACUGGGCCACAUGCUCUCCUCUCUGGCUGUGGAAAAGCUCUCUCACUGGCUCAAACUCUGCAAAGACGUACUGGCUGCCAGCACAGAGGUUGGAGGCGCCAUGGCAUUUGAAGUGGAGAAAGAGGAGGAAGACUCGGAGAAGAAGGACGAAAUGGACGAUGACAUCAUGUUCACAGGCCUGGGCGAGGACGAUAAAUCGAAGCCCUCUGUCGCUCCCCGGUGGGUGACACGGGUGUUCGCAGCUGACUGCCUCUGCCGCAUCAUUCAUCUAUGUGAAAACGCGGACAAGACCCACUUUGAUCUGGCAGCUGCCCGUACUGCCAAAGCCAAAAACCCCAAAGGUGAUCUGCUGGUGUUGCAUCUCUCGGACCUGAUCCGCAUGGCCUUCAUGGCCGCCACCGACCACAGUAAUCAGCUGCGGAUGGCCGGCCUACAGGCCCUGGAAGACAUCAUUAAGAAGUUUGCCUCCGUGCCGGAGCCCGAGUUUCCUGGUCAUGUGAUCCUGGAGCAGUACCAGGCCAAUGUUGGAGCCGCGCUGCGACCAGCCUUCUCCCCCGACACUCCCUCUGACAUCACAGCCAAAGCAUGCCAGGUGUGCAGUGCGUGGAUAGGCAGCGGAGUGGUCAGUGAUCUCAAUGACCUGCGCCGUGUCCACAACCUGCUGGUGUCCUCUCUGGACAAGGUGCAGGCAGGCAGGGGCUCGUCUAGCCAGCUGUACAGCGAGAGCGCCACCACCAUGGAGAAGCUGGCUGUACUCAAAGCCUGGGCAGAGGUCUAUGUGGUGGCUAUGAAAAUAAAGAAAGAAGCAGAGUCCAGGCCGGCGCGUCCUGUGCGGAGCAGUGAGGAUGAUGAUGAAGACAUGGGUGAUGAAGGAGACAUCCUGCCUCCAGACAGCCUGAUUAUGCUGGUGCAGCCAGAGCUGCCCUCUCUCAGCCGGCUGUGGCUGGCUGCUCUGAGAGACUACGCUCUGCUGACCCUGCCACCUGAGUUUGCCAGCCAGCUGCCCCCCGAAGGUGGAGCCUUCUACACUCCAGAGACAAUAGACACGGCACGUCUGCACUACCGCAACUCUUGGGCUCCUGUCCUGCACGCUGUGGCUCUGUGGCUCAGCAACACAGACUUUGGGGCCUCUGAGGGCCCAGAGGAACCCCAAACUGCCACCAGCACAACUGGGCCUGCGGGGGCUGUGUAUCCUCAAGGGCCUCCCGCUCCAAGCAAGAGCCAUGAUGAGCUGGUCAAAGACAGAAUGCACCUGCUGCUAGGCAUCAGUAUUGAGUUCCUCUGCUUUCCUCGGCCUGAGGAGCCUAUUGAGCGAGUGAUGUCCUGCCUGCAGGCCCUCUGCACUCUGCUGGAAUCCCCACGGGCUCGAAAACACAUCGCGGAGGACCAGUUGCUUGCCGUGGAGUUGCUGAACGUGCUGCACAGACUGUUGUUAACGCGGGACCCUCCCAGUGUCCAGCUGCAGGUGACCGCUGUGGUGCAGGAAACCAUCCGAUCAGCCCAUGACCAUCUGGACCAGCUUAGAAGCUCCAAGGGCGUGGAAGAUGGUGGGGAGAAGGAGUCGGCCUGUGUAGUGGAAGAAGGAGGGGACACGGGGGAGCUUCAGCCAGGCAAGUCUCUGGUGUUUGCCGCCAUGGAGCUGCUGGUGUUUCUGCUGGUGCGCCACCUCCCUCAGGUCAACACCAAGGCGAGUGACUCGCCCAGCCACCUGCCCACCAAACCCCAGCAGCUGCCCGAGCACAGUAACCGCCUGGUGGCCGUCACCGUCAGCAUCCUGGCCGAACUGCCUGCGCUGUGUUCUCCAGCAGGGAGCAUGACCAUCCUGCCCACGGUGCUGUUCCUAAUUUGUGGGGUGCUGAAGGAGACUGCGGUGAAGACGCCUGAGGGUUCAGUGCCUCUGCCCGUGUCGGCCGCCCUGCAGGGCAUUAAGACCAUCAUCACGUCCCCGCUGGGCCGUGUGGAGAAAACACAGCAACAGUGGACCAGCUUGGUUAGGAGCAGCCUGGCCUCUGUGCUGGAGUACUCCCAGCCUGACGAGUCCAGGCCCAAUAUGGAUGUGGUGAGCAUGCUCACAGCCAUUACCCUCUUUCUGGUGUCCGCCAGCGCUGAGCUAGUGGGGGUCACUGCCUUACAGAAAGGCUGCAUGGAGCGCUUCCGUAACGCCCUCAAUUCCAGCGACCCAUGGGUACAAGCUCGGUGUUAUCAGCUGCUGCUGUCGGUGUUCCAGCACUCUAGCCGCGCUCUCUCCACUCCCUACAUCCACGCUCUGGCUCCUCUGCUGGUGGAGAAGCUAAAGGGGGUGGAGCGUGCGCGGCCCGGGACCCCCGCGGAGCUCCAGGCUGUGCAGGAAGGAGUCAAAGUGCUGGAGGGCCUGGUGGCCCUGGGGGAGGAGCAGAAUCGUGUUCAGCUGCUGGCUCUCCUGGUCCCCACACUGAUCUCCUACCUGCUGGAUGAAAAUGCCUUCUCCACUGCCCCUCCUUCUUCAAAGGGCCUGCAUGAUUUUGCCCUUCAGAAUCUGAUGCGUAUUGGCCCCCUGUACCCCGCCGCCUUCAAGACAGUGAUGGGAGCAGCGCCAGAGCUGAAGACACGCCUUGAGACGGCCAUCCGAGCCAAUCAGGCAAGCAACAAAGCCAAGGCCGCGGCCAGGCAGGCCCAACCCACUGUGCAAGCCACACCCACCAUCAAACUCAAAACCAGCUUUUUCUAAGAUCAGUUCUCGACUGACCUCUCCAUGCUCCACUCACAAAUGUGUUCUUUUGAAGGAAAUGUUUCUAGGUUUCACAAAGUGUGAAGCAUUUGGGUAAAAGUGCCAUUCAGCAUAAUUAAGAGUAUGGAGUGGGAUGGCAUGUUUUUGUGUGACAUCAAACCUGUAAUGGAAACGUUGUUGGUCGUUGUGCCCUCUCUUGAUACUUGACGUGGACAAUAAUUAAUAAUUAUAAGUUGCUUUUCUAAUGUUCCUCAUUGAAACCAGGAGAUAGUUUUACAUGGUUGAUAUUUUCACUCUUUUGUCAGCUGCUGCCCACAUUGUUUGGAUUUGCAGAGUAAAAGCAGCGAACGUCAUUUUUAAUGCCCGGUUUUCAUUGCUGAGCAUUCAAAUUAUAUUUAGAUUUAUUUUUUUCGUUUGAUUUUGUCUUUUGCUCAAAAACAGAAAGUGAAAUUUUUGACCGCUUUUUGUCAAAACAUUUUCAGAGGCCGUCUCACUCGACAGUAACGUAACUAUAGCGACUGUAACGACCGUCAGCAAACAGUCUGUUGUGAAUAAUUGACAUGUUUUGACAGAAACUGGGUUUGCUGCAACUACUUGUUAAGUCAAAUGUGAUUUGUUUUAUUUAUUUAUUUUUUAUUUUAUUUAUUUUUUUUUGCCAGUGGUCAGUUGAAGAAGUACGUAUUUGUGGGCGGAGCACAGAAAGUUCAGCUGAUACGUUUUUAUUGAUAACCUCAGUUACUGCUAUUUAUCAACUGAAGUUGUUUAGUUAGUGUUGGACUCUUCUGGUGAAGGUUUGCUUCUGUAAAUAUGGAUUCCAGGGUUUACGUUUCAUCAUGUCGAUCAUGCUUGAUGGUGGAUGUCCGAGUGAAAUUGUCGCUUUAAGAAGCUUCAGACGCUGGUAAAGGGACGCGGUUACUGCUGUCAUAAUUAGAUUUUUCCACGGUUUUUGUCUGACGCUUGUAAAAUGCACCUUAAUCUGAAAAGAUGGUCAUGGAAGCACUUUUUGUAAAGUCACAUUGCAUCGAUGUCAUUUCCAGCAGUUCUCAUAACAUUCUUGAUUUUCGAUCUGCUUUCUCUAAGCGUGUUUGUUGCUGCCUGAUCCUGUAAAGACCAAAAACAUGCACAGCUGUGUACAGCAUACGUCUAAUGUCACAGUCUUGUCCCGUCUGUUGCUUCAUGUAUUUUCUCUCACAGUUGCACUCCUUUAAGUUAAGCAUUAUUAUGUAUAUUAUCUGGCUCCAAACGUGGGUAUUAUAUAACUUACUUUUGGACCCAAAACAUUGAAAUAAGUGAAAUAAUGCAUUCUGUGUCGUUCAUCACCCACACUGUACAAAGAAACACACUUAUGAAAAACGAAAGCUGUGAUAUACUGCGAAAUGUUUUUGUUUUCUUCCCACCUUGCGUAAAUUCACAUGUGGAUAUACACAGCCUGCGUAUCGCUGUUGUUGGAACAAAACCUCGUAUCUCCAUUUUUGUCGUUUUCCGGUUUUUGACAUCAUUUGGAAAUGCGUAUUGGUUUUUAUAAUGUGUGUAAAUGUUAUGAAGGUUGGACCGAAAGAAACGGGCAAAAAAUGACUUGUACAAAAAUUCUGGUUCCAUUGACUUACAUUGAAAGUUACCAUUUUGGAGAUACGAGGUUUUGUUCCGACAGCAGCGACAUGCAGCUUGAAAUUAGCUCUGCUCUUUUCAACAUUCGUCCUGGUCUCUGAUGAUGUAUUCUAAGCAUCUUUUACCUCUUAGUAACUUGUCUUUACUUUUUGCCUUUGUUCACGUUCAUCGUUUAAACAGUUUAUGUAAAUAACAGACCAACUGAUUUAUUUAUUCACACCUGUUUUAAAAACGCUCUGCAUUAAGUGGCCGCCGUGCAGCAGCACCGAUGUCCACCGAUGUCGCAACACGAAUGGUUGGUUUGCACUAAGUCUGGUAAACAUGCUUUUGUUGUGCUGUUGUUUUAUGUUAAGUACGGUACUGCGCAGCAACAACUAAGACACUGAUCACAAGGCGAAGUCUUUUCUGGACCCGUGUAAACAAACUGUAUGUUAAAUCAUAUUGUUUGACCUGAUCAUCCAAAUAAAGAGGAAGUUUUACCCAUGAA